ACCUGGUCGCUCUUCUGUUGCUAGUGGAUUUAAAACACCGGACAGAGUUUCAUCCUAUUUAAACCAUGAGCACUGAAGCGCCGGAGAAAGCGGGUGAGGAUGGAACCGGCCCCGGCGGAGCUGCCGGCGGCGGCGGUGGUACCCGCUUCGAUCUGGAGAAGGAGACGGAGCUGCGCUUCGAGGUGGAGGCGGGAGAGCGGGUGCAGCUGGAACUCCUGUCGGGUCUGGCCGAGGUGUUCGGAUCCGAACUGAACCGGAAUAAGAAGUACACGUUCGGAGCCGGGUCCAAGAUCGCCGUGUUUACGUGGCAGGGGUGCAGCCUGUCGCUCUCGGGCAAGACGGAGGUGGCGUACGUCUCCAAGGACACGCCCAUGCUGCUGUACAUAAACACACACGCCGCGCUGGAGCAGAUGAGGCGACAGGCCGAGCGGGAGAACGAGCGCGGACCUCGGGUCAUGGUGGUGGGACCGACCGACGUCGGGAAAUCCACGCUGUGUCGGCUGCUGUUGAACUACGCGGUGAGGUUGGGCAGGAGACCCACGCUGGUGGAGCUGGACGUCGGACAAAACAGCGUGUCCGUUCCCGGGACGAUGUCGGCGCUUUACAUCGAGCGUCCAGCAGACGUGGAGGAGGGUUUCUCAGUGCAGGCGCCUCUGGUCUUCCACUUCGGAUCGACCACGCCCGGGACCAACAUCAAACUCUACAACAAGCUGACGUCGUGCCUGGCGGAGGUGUUCUCUCAGCGCUGCGAGGUGAACCGGCGCGCCAGCGUGGGCGGCUGCAUCAUCAACACCUGCGGCUGGGUGAAGGGCUCGGGGUACCAGGCGCUGGUCCACUGCGCCUCGGCCUACCAGGUGGACGUGGUGCUGGUGCUGGACCAGGAGCGGCUCUACAACGAGCUGAAGCGCGACCUGCCGCACUUCGUCCGCGUGGUCCUGCUGCCCAAGUCCGGCGGCGUGGUCGAGCGCUCCAAGGACUGCCGGCGCGAGACGCGCGACGACAAGAUCCGCGAAUACUUCUACGGUUUCCGUGGCAACUCCUUCUACCCGCACGCGUACGACGUGCGCUUCUCGGACGUCCGGAUCUACAAGAUCGGCGCGCCGUCCAUCCCGGACUCGUGCCUGCCGCUGGGCAUGUCGCAGGACGACACGCAGCUGAAGCUGGUGCCCGUCAGCCCCGGGCGCGACCUGACCCACCACGUGCUGAGCGUCAGCUGCGUGGAGGACGAGGUGGAGGAGGGCGCGGUCCGCAGGGGGAUUUUGGAGAGUCCGGUGUGUGGGUUCAUCGUGGUCACGGCCGUGGACACCCAGGCUCAGGUGAUGACCGUGCUGUCCCCCGCCCCGAGACCUCUCCCCCGGCACACGCUCCUCAUCAUGGACAUCCGCUUCAUCGAUCUGAAAUAAAGACGUGCAGGAGCGGCGCGGGGGGGGGGGCGUCCUCGUACCCCUGAGGUUUGGGUGGGGGUGUGUGGGGGCGGGCUGUGUUCUGCAGAAGGUCACAUGAACUGGAAUAUCAUCAGCAGUGUUCUUGAGUGUUCGAUCUUGAGUGUUUCGGUUCUUUAUUCAAGUGUUUGAACGUUUUUUUCUGCUCGUUCACGUUGUUUUGUAAAAAUAAACUGAUUUGUAAGUAUUUUAAUAAUCGACUCCGAGAUUUUAUUGUAUUUUUGUUUAUUAAAGCAACUUUGGAACCAAA